AUGCGCAGUGAUCUUGACGACCACAUGCCCCAAGACUUCAAUUCUGAUCCCUGCAACUUCAUGCCUGAGAUCGAGGAUGAGGAAGUCAAGGCGUGGGCACUUGCCUUGCAUUGCCUCUGGCCGCAGCUAUGUCGCAAGGUGGCAGACAGCGUACAGGAGCAGCCUGAACGGCACACUCUUCUGCCCUUGCCGGGAUAUUUCUUCAUUCCUGGGCAACGAUUUAGAGAGCUGUACUACUGGGACACCUACUGGGUGGUCAAGGGACUGCUUGUCAGCCAGAUGCCUGCCAGCGCAGAGACUGUUGUGAAGAAUCUGCUUCACCUUCUGCAAGAGCAUGGCCACGUGCCCAAUGGCUCCCGCUCAUACUAUCUCAAUCGCAGCCAACCUCCUCUGCUGAGCAGCAUGGUGAGCCUCAUCUACGAGGCAAAGAGAGAUACUCUGUUCCUUUUGGAGGCCUUUGAGGCGCUACAGCAGGAGUACAAGUACUGGAAUCAGCCGCCCAAGGCUGUCCGACUGGUUGGGCCAAAUGGCAGCACUGUGAGUUUGUCCCGUUACUAUGCAAACACCACACAGCCCCGCCCUGAAUCCUACAGGGAGGAUGUUGCCACAGCAGCCCUGCUCGGAGGGAGCAAGACCGAAGCAGAGGGCCUGUUUAGGGACAUUGCUAGUGCAGCAGAGUCUGGCUGGGACUUUUCCUCUCGUUGGAUGGCUGAUGGCCGCUCCUUGGCAUCACUGCAGACGACGAGAGUCAUCCCUGCUGACCUCAACGCCUUCCUUUUCAAAUUUGAAUUCGACAUGGCGCGCUUUGCCGAGAUCCUUGGGAAGCCCAGCCUGCAGGAGAUGUACAGCAGUGCCAGCGAGUCAAGGCGGUCGGCCAUGAAUGCGCUGAUGUGGCACGAGUCAUCUGCAUGCUGGAAGGACCUGAUCCUCGACAGGCAACCACCCGCUACAGGCGUCUUUGCCUCUUCAUACAUUCCUCUGUGGACGGGCGUGGCAGCUCCGGGCUCUGAACAGGCCACCAGAUGCCUCAACUCCCUUCAGGCAUCAGGCCUAAUGCAGCGAGGGGGUAUAGCGACAUCGCUGUCGGAGACGGGGCAGCAGUGGGACGGCCGGAACGCAUGGCCGCCUCUUCAGGCGAUGCUCAUCGAGGCGGCUGAAGCCGUCGGCCGCGCACAAAUGCGCGCCAGCCCCGACGGCCGGCUGCUUGCGCAGGCCUGGUUGGAGACCUGCUUUGCAGCCUGGCGCAAGCAUAGACAAAUGUUUGAGAAGUACGAUGCGAGCAAACCAGGCGAUCCGGGAGGAGACGGAGAGUAUCCUGUGCAGGCCGGCUUUGGCUGGACAAACGGCGUUGCGCUGAGCCUUCUACAAGAUUAUGGCUGGAACCCUUGA